UCUUUCCCCUGAGUCCAGUCGCAGAGCUCAUCAGGACGUUCUCAUUUCAAUGCCUUUCCCCCGGCCCUGGCCACAGAUUUUGCCAGGCUCCAGAUCCCUGAUGGAAUGCUUUUCCGGAGAGCUGGAUACGGGCUGCAUUUAUAUUCCAGUGCUGCCGAGGGAGACAGAGGAGACCCAGUUGCUCUGUGAGAUGCAGGCUGAAGUGGCCGGGGAAGGAAGAUUCUCAGCCUGUCAGUGCCCACCCUGCCUUGGGGCCCUCGCUCUCCAGAAGCAGGUUCCUGGUCUUUGAAGCUGCCUCAUCUGCCUGAUGCACCUUUGGAAAAGGAAAAUCCCCAGAAAAGGCUCCUCCCUGAUGUUUCCUCAGUCCAGUCUUCCACUCUCCCCUGCUAGGAGAUCUGGGGACUGCAGCGAAAAACAAAGAAGAUUCAGAUGGUCUUUGGGGACUCAGAUGUCACAGCUAAAAACACGUGGUUCCUCUUUGGAAAAAGAAACCACACCUGCUCUCAGUAACACCCAUAUCCCAAUGUACGGGAAAGCUCUCAGGUUAGGGUGAAGAUCAGCUCCCACAAGUAACCCGGACAUUCUCCCCUGCAACAGUGGAUUAUUCUAUGGGAUUAUCCCAUACAGGAGAGAGUCCCCAGAGUAUGGACAAUAGGCUGAGCCUUAAGACUCUUGAAAGGCCAUAAAGCAUUGAACCCUGCCCAAAGAGACUGCAGAAAGAGAGUACAAUGCUGAAGGCAACGUUACUGCAGCCUUGUCUCCAAUCUCAGCCUCGCUGUGCCGGGUCCAGUGAAAGGUGCCAGCAUUCUUAUGGCUUUGAGACUCUACAGGUGGACCCAGAAGUGGGCUAUGGCUGUUUGGUUCUGCAGCAGGAGAAAGAGAUGGAAGGCAACCAAAGGUGCCAGCCAACUGCAGCCAUUUGCCCUUUUAACCUGAAGGAGCAGGAGGAAAAGAAUGAAUUGCCAGGAGGAAAAUUGAGAGAGCAUCUCCAGCGGGAGAGCAGGAAUACCAAUGGAGACAUGCUGGGGCCCAAAUUCCACAGCUAUGGCUUGGCAUCUGCUGGUGGGUACCCAGCUACAAGAGACUCCCCACAGUCUGCCCCAGAGCUGCUUCCUUCUGGGGCUAGCACCGGAGCUGACCCCAGCGAAGAAUGGAAAGUGGUGAAGGUUAAACGAGUCCUCAUUUACCCUGCUGGCGAGCCGCGGAAAGCAAAUCUUUCCAGGAGUGCCAGUCUCUCCGAGAAGGAGCUGAAAGAGGCUAAAGCCAGGAGCCAGAAGAUCGCAGCCCAGCUAACGAACCCACCCAGCUCAAACUCCAAAGGUGUGCUGCUCUUCAACAAGCGCAAGCAGAGGGUGAAUGAGUUCACUUUGGCAAGCACCAGAAAACGUGGCGAGGAAGCAGCUACAAGAGGCAGCCUGAGAGCUCUUCAGCAGAGUAUCCCAAACCAUGGGAAAUUGCUGCAUUUGAGACAGACUUUAGAAAGCAGCAAAGAACUGAAAGAAUUACUCUGCACGGAAGACCCUGGACUGCAGAUCCUUAAGGGCAACAUGGAAGAAUAUGAGGAAACCACCUGCCUAGAGAAAACACAGUCCCCGCCAAAGAAUGAAGUCAAACGUGAGGAGGAGAUGCUUCUCCAAACAAUCCCAGGGCCAUCCCUCAAGGAGUCUCCUAGUGGAGACAUAGAGCAGGUCCCUCUAACUGUCUACUUAAAGGAGAACAUAAAGGUGGCAUCAACCAACGGAGUGCACGAACCUAGCGUCAAUGAGCAUGGACACGCACCGGUGAUUGACAGCGAGAACAACACGCCAGUUCUCAUCAAGGAGCAGACGGCCCCAGUUAUCGACAAGGAGCAGAAUGGAGAAGUUCUCAACAAAGAGCAGAAUGUGCCCGUGAUUGACAAAGAGACGGCUGUUCCGGCUACCGACAAAGAGACGGCUGUUCCGGUUACCGACAAAGAAACGGUUGUUCCGGUUACCAGCAAAGAGUGCAAUGGGGGGCCCAAUAAACAAUAUUACGAAGUUCACCUCACUUUGGCUAAACCCAUGCCGGUGAAGAACAGAACAGCAAGACCAUUUGGGACUCAAUCAUCAGCUACAACAAGCCAACCAACGGAGAAAAGUCCUGGGGUAGAACUUCCUCCACCCCCCACCUAUGCAGAGACCUUGUUCAGUCCCCCUCCAGUAUCUAGGGUCAGGUCGCCUCCUGCGUAUUCAGCCUUGUAUCCUAGUGCGGAACAGAAGCCUCUCAUUCUGCAAGGGCCUCACCAUGGAGAAAGCAGAUCAACGCCCUUGCAUAAAACAGGAAUACUAGAGGAGUCCGUGGCCCGGAGAACAACUAAAAAAUCCAUGUUCACCUUUGUUGAAAAGCCAAAGGUGGCUCCAAACCCAGAUCUUUUGAACUUAGUGCAGAAUGCAGAUGUAAGGAGGAAGCAGAAGGAGCAAGGAGAACCAGUCCAAGAGGAAGAACCAUUUGCCCUUGGGGCAGAAGCUUCCAACUUCCUGCAUCAGAAUGCACUGAAAGGUGGGCUUCACCUGGAUUCUGCAGACAAUGCCCCAGAGUGGUCUUCAUGCCUGAAGUCCCCAAGCAUACAGCCUAAGCCUCAAAUGAAACCCAGUCAAAACCUAACCGAAGCCAAAGGAAAAGGAGCUGAACUGUUUGCCAGAAGGCAGUCAAGGAUGGAGAAGUAUGUCAUCGAGUCCCCGGCACACCCUGGCUUGGCCAGGUCACCUUCUCCCACCAUGUCUCUGCCUCCAUCCUGGAAGUAUGCUUCCAAUAUUCAUGUAACACCCAUGGUCUUCAAACACCCGCCCAAGAGUCCAGCCAGGUCAUCAAAAACUCCCCCAGCAUCUUUGUACAACAGCAACGUCACGGAGAGUGAGAUUUCCCGACAGGAGCUGGAAAUCUCAAAGCAGCAGCCGUACCAGCUCCAGUCAUCUUUGUUCAUCCUGUCCCCAGCUAAAGAACCGGUGAGGUCUUUGCCAAGAGGGGCACCACCGCCACAACCCGCGUUUCCUGACUCUCAUUCUUACACGAGACAUACCUCGUGCCCAACGUCUCCCUUGACACCUUCCCCUGUUUUUCAUUCUCCUGCUCUGUCAAGUUCAAGCAGGCCAACAUAUGCUCCUCUUUCUCCAUCCUCUGGGACUGUGCUUAUUGCCCAAGACAUCAGAACAAGUGCCCCACCGGAAGCUCCCUUUGCAUCCCCUUCCAGAGUUUUGUCACCAAGAGCCAAAGGAGUCUUCCAAGCUCCGAGACCGUCUUAUUCCACCAGGAAUGCAGGGAUUGAACCCCAGGAAAGAAGAGUGUCCCUGCCUUCCUCCCUGACCUGGACCCCACGACUGGUGCCCCACCCGAGCCCCUUCGAGGGGUGGGCAAGCCCGACGCCGGAGCCUCAGGAAAGGCCUGCGGAGGCCCUGCGAGCAGCCAGUGUGAGGAGCCCCCCUCCUCCCAUGUCGCCGUCAUGGAGCGAGAGGUCCCUCUCCCCACUGCGGCAGGAGGCAGAGCCCAAGGCCAGCCGGCAGAUGCAGGCCCAGCUCGCCAGGAACAUCAUCAAUGCUGCCAGGAGGAAGAGCUCCUCCCCCAAAGCCCUGGGGCCAGACGGCGUCAGGCCAUUCACGCCACCCGCUGGCACUGGGGCACCACCUGCCAGCGCAUCUCCAUGCAGCAGCCCGAGAGCCCUGGACAACCACUCCCCGAGUCCGCAGUCGCCGAGAGCCACGAGGAUGGAUGGGCACAGACACACCAGCACCGGGACCCCACAAUUCAGCACCUCAUCCUGCAUCAGCCCAAGGACCCUGGGCAGCCACUCCCCGACCUACAUCAGCCCACUGCAGUCGCCGCGAGCAGCCAGGACGGAUGGGCACAGGUCCUUCACAUUACCCGCAAACACCGGGGCACCGGCUCUCAACGCAACAGCUGGCAGCAGCCCUGGCACCACAGCCAGCCACUCUCCAACCUACAGGAACCCAGUGCCAUCUCCAAAAGCCACCUGGACGGAUGGUCACAGGAUUCUCAUGCCACCCGCCAGCGCUGGGGUGCUACCGGCCAACACAUCUUCUUGUACCAGUCCCAGGAGCCUGGGUUCCUACUCCCCGACCUUCAUUCGCCCGGUGCAGUCGCCCCCUGCGGGAGCGAGGUCCCCCGUGAAGCAUUACACCUCCAGGUCCCCCACGGACUCGGAUGUGUCCAUCGACUCCGAAGACUCUGGGGUCAAGUCUCCCGGGAUCCGCAGCUUUAACAUCUGCCCCCGGGGCUGGAACGGGAGCGUGCGGCUGAAACAGGGCCGCCUGCCCUCGGAAGCGCCCUGCACCUCCUAGGCCAGGAAGAGACAAGUGACGUGAGCAAGGACACGCCUGGAGCCCAUUGAAUUGAUGCAUAGACUCACCGGCACCCAGUCCUGCCGACCAAGCCACGCGGCGGUGGGGGGAGAAUGCUGGGGGCUGUGGGGACAGAUGAUAGAGAUGAUCUCUCUCCCCACCUCCGCAGCACCUCUCCCCAAACCUGCUGCGGGUUUAGACAGCAGAUGCCAGUCUGGCCUGCGACAGCCAGUCACAGGAUGGUGCCCGCUAACUUUGCCGGAUCCAGACUCCACCCCCCCGCAAGCCAAUGCCGCUGCUGAGCCCCUCACUCCAUCCCUGCACGUGUUCUGCUUCCCCAGACUUUGCUCUCCCGGCUGGACUGGAACCAGCAAUGACAUCUCAGCCCCGUGGGACGAGGGAGCCUGGCGCUGCUUUUGUUCUGCCCGGGACGAGGGGGCCACAGACGGCGGGCAGGCAGCCCCGAGACCGUCCUUCCGGCCGCGUAAUCCCCAGCAGAGAGACAGCGAGUGGCCCGAGGGGGCUUGGGCGGCCGCCAGCCAUGGGCUUUCCAGCUUGCUGCCUCUGAAUCCCAUUGUUUCCUUUGUGGGCUCUGCGGAGGCCAGGGAUCAGGCCUGCUUCCAGCUGCCUGAGGGCCCGGGGAAAGGCAGGGGGAAGAGCCUGCACAGCGGCUGCUCCUGCAAACCCUGCUGCAGGGCCUGGCUUUUCCUGAGUCCCGGCAGCCCAAGGACCGGAGCUCUGCGGCAGCUGGGGGCUUGUCCCACUCUUUGAGCGCAGGGCAGGGCUGCCGGAGCCGAGGCGGCGAGGACGGGAGAGAAUGGAGCUGCCUCGGGGGAGAGAACAGCAAAAUCCUGGCUCCCAACCCACAGCCGAAGGGCCCUGGUGGCAGGGCAGCUCCCUGCGCUCGAGGGAGGCGCGGUGAGUCUGGAGCUCAUAUCCCAGAGGGGAGCCGGAGUUCCCCCGGCAGGGGGCAGGUGGUGCCUUAGGCCGAUCCACAGCGCCCAGGCAGGGCAUGAUGGAGUCAGCGUUCCUGUGACCAAAGCCUACUCCCCACGCCAACGUCCCGCUACCGUGCGCCAUGUGCCCUCGCCAACCAAGCUGGCUGUAGCUAAAGCCUGCUCCUGGAGAAUGGCCGCCGGGGAGGCCUGUCCUAGGGGCCUGAGUGGAGCCACCAGCGAUUUAGAGCCAUGCUGCGUGUGCGGCCGCCCUCUCCGACUCUCCCCUGGACCCUGCCUGGGGGCCUGAGCCGUGAACAACCCCGAGACCCAAGCAGCGGGGGUGGGGGUGGGGUUGGAGGUGGGCCCGAGAGAGAGGCUCCCUCUUGGCAAGUGGCCUGCUGGGUAAAAUGGAUGGAGCCGUCGGGUCCCGGGCACUGCCCUGGAAGGACUCCCCCUGCCCUGCAGCGCUCCGGCUGGCUGUGAGGAGGAGCUGAAAGGAGCCCACCGGAGCCGUGCUGAGGGGACUCUGGGGAGGAGGCCCCGGGAAGGUACAAGGCCCUCUCCAGGCUGGCUCUAGGUGGAUGCACAGACAGGCAUGCAUGCCAGCGUGUCACUGGGCCAGGCCGGGCACUGCCACCCACCUGGCCAUGGGGCUCUGGAGUCGUCGGCAGCACGUCUGGCCCGACGUUUGUGGGGAGUCACCGGGUGAAUCAUCAGCCUCGUUAGCCGAUAGCCAGUCUCCGAGAGAGGCUGCUGCAAACUAGAGGGGAGGUUGGGGGCAUCUGAAUGUGCCCACUGGCCUAAGCGAUAGACUGCACUGCAGACCCUGCUGCACAACGGUAUUUCACUGCUGCAGGUUCCCAGAGCAGCCAGAGCUUCUCCACGAAGCCCCCGCCGUGGCAUGGUCCCCGGCCACGCACAGUGUCUUGGGGAAAGAAAACCAACGCCUGAGCCCCUUGGCUUUUUCCCUGGCCAGCCCAGCACCUCCUGCCCGCCCCGGGCUGGUCCCCCCACUCGCUCGCUCUCUGUGUGCUUGGCAGGGUGGCACGCAGCCAUGGGCUGGCAGAGCGGUGUCUGGUGUUACCCUAGCUGCCCCGAUAAGCUGGCCAGCCUCUGGUUUUAUUGCCCUGACCUUUCAAGGGAGGAGUGCUCCCGGCUUUAAUGCCGGGUGAGCCCAGGGAGGGCGGCCCGGCCCCGCCUGCGCUCAGGGGUCUCUCCCCAUUCCCAGCCCCCUGUGCUGCUCACAGGCCCUGCGGGGUGGGGUUGUGGGGAACCGCCGGGGCAGCACAGUCGUCUGGCUCCUGCUCCUGGCGCACCACACCGGGGCCAACUCCCACGCUCAGGCAUGUCCCAGACGGGUGCAUCCUUUCACCCCUCCCCAGCCAGAGCAAAAACUCACCCUGGGCGGGAGGGGAACGCUAUUCUGCAGGGAGCAAGCAGAGGAAAGGUUUCCCUCUGCGAACCCAAGCGUCCGAGCUGGGCCCAGCUCCCCCGGGGAGUUACCAUAUCCGUGCACAGGCACACGAGUGUCUAGAUCUCCGCCCCCCCCCCCCC